UGUUUUUUCAGUCUAAAUCCCCAGAAUUAUUUCGUUAUACUGUGAGGUGUAGUAAAAAAUGGUAGAAAGAAUUUAUAAACUUCUCUUGAAUUCCUCAGAAUUUAAUCUUUUGAAAUCAGUAAAAGUUUAUCUAACCUCCUGAGGAUACAUCAAAAUGUUGACAGAUUAUUUUUUAAAGUACCAUGUUAAUGAUUUGAUGGCGAUACUUGAGUCACCGGACGAAUCGCUGCAUUAUUCAAUCUACGUUAAUUUUAUAACAUUAUUUGGGGCGGAACCAGACAUAGCUAACAAUAUCCUUCGAAAACCUAGAGAAUACCUACCCCUUUGUGACUCGUCAGCACUAAAAUCGCAAAAGCUACUAGCCAAAGAGCACCACAAAAUAAAAAGAAGAAUUCACACGAGAAUCACGUCACCCCCUCAUCGAGCUAAUCAUGAGAAUAUUGGAGAAUUUGUAUCGACCAGUGGCAUUGCUGUGAGAAUAUCCCAGCCUAGUGUUCUGAAACUCGUGAAACGAUGGUUUUGCAAAAAAUGCGAGCACAUCACAGCUGUUAAUUUGUCUUGGGAACUCCAAACCUUCAAAGAGCCCAAACAAUGUGAGAAAUGUUUCGCUAAGAGUCUCAGAGUCGAGAACAAUGUUGAUGCUGACGAUUGCGUGGAUUAUCAAGAGGUGAAGAUUCAGGAGAAAGUACAGACUGACAGCAAUAGCUCUUACAAUGUCGGCAUGCAAGUCAUCUUGAUGAGUGAUCUUGUCGAUCAGUGUGCACCAGGAAAUGAUGUUGAAGUAAGUGGAGUCGUUAUCGAACGGUGGGUGCAAAUGACUGAAGGGAAGAGGCCCGAGGCCACGACUAUAAUGAUAGCCAACAGUUUAUCGAUAUUACGAAAAGUUCUCGAUUCGAAUUACUCGGAAAUUGAAAUAACGGAAAUAUUCCGAAAUUAUUGGAAGAAAUAUGAAGAUAAUCCACUAGAGGGGCGAAAUAAUAUUCUUGCGUCCAUUUGCCCGCAGCUCUUCGGUAUGUACUUUGUGAAACUGGCGCUUGCUGUGGUCCUCGCGGGCGGAGUUUCUACCCUCAAUCAAACUGGUGUGAGAGUGAGGGGAGAGCCGCAUUUAUUGAUGAUAGGUGACCCAGGAACUGGUAAAUCACAGAUACUCAGAACUGCUGCAAGAUUAGCUGUGAGAUCAGUCCUGACUACUGGGGUGGGAACAACUGCUGCAGGUCUGACAGCAGCUGCUGUCAAGGACACAGAUGGCUGGCAUCUGGAAGGAGGUGCCCUGGUUUUGGCUGAUGGUGGAGUCUGCUGUGUCGACGAAUUCACAACAAUGAAUUCGAAUGAUCGUGCAUCUCUUCAUGAAGCCAUGGAGCAACAGACAAUUUCGAUAGCCAAAGCUGGUCUUGUCAGUACUCUGAAUUCACGGUGUUCAGUUAUAGCUGCUAUUAAUCCUGUUGGUGGAAAAUUCGUGGAGGGAGCUGAAGUGAAGACGAGACUCGGCAAUCCACUUUUAUCGAGAUUCGACUUGAUUCUACAACUCAAGGACAAUAAAAACCUUGACUGGGAUCGUCUGACUGCUGAGCAUUUACUGAAAGCUGCCUGUGAAGAUCCUGACGCCCAAGCGACACGAACUGUAAAAAAGCCCAUGGAGCUUUUGAAAUCCGAUAAUUUAUGGGACGAAGAGAGUCUCCGUGAAUAUUUUGCUCACAUUCAUACUCUCGAACCUAAGUUAACGGAGGCUGCAGAUAAAAUAGUGCGAGCGACAUUUUUAUACCAUCGAAAAAAUCCGAACAGAAGAGAAGAAAGAACUACAGUCCGACUCCUGGAGAGUCUCAUCAGACUGGCGGAGGGCCAUGCAAGAUUAAUGUACAAGAAAGAAGUCGAUAUCAUGGACGCAAUAGUAGCAGCUCAACUUGUUGGUACCAUUCCCACAUCUAAUGACGCUGGCUGUCCAUUCCCCAGGGACCCAAUGGCCACAUUUAAUCAAGAAACAACAGAAUUAUUAGAAUUACUCGGCCUGGAACAUCUGCUAGGCUCCUCAUCGGACAAUCAACCGUAAUUAUUAUUCAUCAUUCCCCAAUCUCAGCUCUAGACUUCAAUCAUUCCAUUCAUCACCCAACAGGAUCUCCUUUUUCAAUUUUUCAAUGUAAGUCCCAACGGACUGGCAAAACAAAUAAAUUCACACAUGAUUUUCAUGACAAAAAAAAAUUCGUGUAUAAAAUGAUUGGUUUAUAUUUCCCUAAAAACUAUACAAAAAUAACGAUAUACACUCGUUUGCAUAGCUUGUCUAAACCAUCAUCUAGUCACUUCAGGGUUUUUAUCUGAAUUAUGUAUUUCUCCGCUGAAGAUUGAAUUAAAUGGUAAAUCAAUGCACAUUAGAAUUUUCUGUCAAAGGUGAAGACACGUGUUCAAUAAAAAACGAUUAGUACUGACUCCAUAGAAAAACAACCACAGUCAUCCAUUCCUCGAAUAUCAUUGAAUUGUGACGGACUAGUAUUAAACCAGAGGGAAUUUUUACUAAAUAAAUUCUCAACGCAAUUAAUUUAGCUAAUUCAACAAAAUUGAAAAUUGUCAGACUGACGACGCAUGUAAUACGACACCUUAUGUAAAAUUACACGCAAUCUAAUAGUCAUUAUCACCAGAAAUAACUUUAACAUGUCACUCCACAUCAAAUUGCAUCGUCACCAUUUAUGGUGUAUCGAUUAAUACUCACACAUUUCGUGGGAACAAUAACGAAACAAUAACGAUAAACCUCCACUGACUCAAUAAAGCAAUAAACGAUACGACGAA